CUGGCGAGCGGGCGAGCGGGCGGGCGAGGACGAAGGCAGGCGAGCGCGCAGCCGUCCCUCCCCAAAGCCAUGGGCGCGGCGCGGCGCGCGGCUGCAGAGCGGCGCAGCCGGAAGGUGCGGGGGGCCGGGGUGCGGGCCUGGGGCCGCCUCUAGCCGGCUUCGAGGGCGCGGGCCCCGGGAAUGAGGGCGCCCGCCGCGGGAAGCCCGUCUGCGCGCCGCGGCGCCGUCCCGCCCAGCCAGCGAGCCUAGCAGGCAGACGCGCGGCCGGCGUUCUGGGGGCGCGCCGCCUCGCCUUCCCCAAAAUGUGAAUCGGGGAGGGCGGAGACGCAGAGAGCGCCCGGCCCCGAGCUCUCGCCGAACCCCUGCCCUGCGCGCCCAGGCCGCGCCGUGCCCCGCGCGGGGUUGCAGAGCGGCGAAGCCACCGUGCCCCGCGCUCCCUCGGCGCUGCGACCCCCCCGGCUUCGGCCCGCAGAGGCUUCGCAGUUCCCGAGGCGGUCAGAGCCGGGCCCAGGACGGUGCGUCCGGCCUCGCCCCCGGCUUCUCGCCCAGACAAGUUUGAACAAUGAUCACAGUCAACCCAGAUGGGAAGAUAAUGGUCAGAAGAUGCCUGGUCACCCUGAGACCCUUUCGGCUGUUUGUCCUGGGCAUCGGCUUCUUCACCCUCUGCUUCCUGAUGACAUCUUUGGGAGGCCAGUUCUCUGCCCGGCGCCUGGGGGACUCGCCCUUUACCAUCCGCACAGAAGUGCCAGGCAGCCCAGAGUCCCGCGGUGCCCUUCGCAAGAUGAGCGACCUGCUGGAGCUGAUGGUGAAGCGCAUGGACAUGCUGGCCAGACUGGAGAAUAGCAGCGAGCUGCACAGGACUGCCAGUGUGGCGCACUUAGCUGCGGACAGGCUCACCCCUGGGGCUAGCCUCAUUGAAAGGAUCCAGGCCAUUGCCCAGAAUGUGUCUGACAUCGCUGUGAAGGUGGACCAGAUCCUGCGCCACAGCCUGAUUCUGCAUAGCAAGGUGUCUGAAGGUCGGAGGGACCAGUGUGAAGCACCCAGUGACCCCAAAUUCCCUGACUGUUCCGGGAAAGUGGAGUGGAUGCGCGCCCGUUGGACCUCUGACCCCUGCUACGCCUUCUUUGGAGUAGAUGGCACUGAAUGCUCCUUCCUCAUCUACCUCAGUGAGGUUGAGUGGUUCUGUCCCCCGUUGCCCUGGAGGAACCAGACAGCUGCCCGCACAGCUCCCAAGUCCCUUCCCAGAGUCCAGGCUGUGUUCCGAAGCAACCUGUCCCACCUCCUGGAGCUGAUGGGCAGUGGGAAGGAGUCCCUCAUCUUCAUGAAGAAGCGAACCAGGCGGUUCACCGCACAGUGGACCAAGGCUGCCAAGUACCUGGCACAGAAGCUGGGGGACAUUCGGAGAGACCAGAAGCAAAUCCUUGUCCACAUCGGCUUCCUGACAGAGGAGUCUGGGGACGUGUUCAGUCCAAGGGUGCUGAAGGGCGGGCCUCUGGGAGAGAUGGUGCAGUGGGCAGACAUUCUGGCUGCUCUCUACAUGCUGGGCCAUAGCCUGCGGAUCACAGUCUCCCUGAAGGAGCUGCAGAGAUUCCACCCCAAGUGGUCCAAAGAGCAUCCGUCAGGCCACCAGUGGGGCGACCUUUCCUUGGGAUCUCCGAGAUCUUAUUCUGUGACUCAGGGUCCGUGGAAUAAGAGCUGUAACUUAGGGGUGCCGCCAGGCCGGGGGAACUGCCCACUCACCGUACCUCUGCCUUUUGACCUCAUCUACACGGACUAUCACGGCCUGCAGCAGAUGAAACAGCACAUGGGGCUGUCCUUCAAGAAGUACCGGUGCAGAAUCCGAGUCAUCGACACCUUUGGGACGGAGCCAGCGUACAACCACGAGGAGUAUGCCACGCUGCACGGCUACCGGACCAACUGGGGUUACUGGAACCUCAACCCCAAGCAGUUCAUGACCAUGUUCCCUCAUACCCCAGACAACUCCUUCAUGGGCUUCGUGUCCGAGGAGCUCAAUGAGACCGAGAAACAGCUCAUCAAAGAUGGCAAGGCCCGCAACAUGGCGGUGGUGUAUGGCAAGGAGGCGAGUAUCUGGAAGCUCCAGGGCAAGGAGAAGUUCCUGGCCAUCCUCAACAAGUACAUGGAGAUCCACGGCACCGUGUACUAUGAGAGCCAGCGGCCACCUGAGGUCCCUGCCUUCGUGAAGAACCACGGCCUCCUACCACAGCCUGAGUUCCAGCAGCUGCUGCGGAAGGCCAAGCUCUUUAUAGGGUUCGGAUUCCCCUACGAAGGCCCAGCACCGCUGGAAGCCAUCGCCAACGGCUGCAUCUUCCUGCAGUCUCGCUUCAGCCCACCCCACAGCUCCCUCAACCACGAGUUCUUCCGGGGCAAGCCCACUUCCAGGGAGGUGUUCUCCCAGCAUCCAUAUGCAGAGAACUUUAUUGGCAAGCCGCACGUGUGGACCGUGGACUAUAACAACUCGGAUGAGUUUGAAACAGCCAUUAAGGCCAUCAUGAACACCCAGGUAGACCCGUACCUGCCCUAUGAGUAUACCUGUGCAGGGAUGCUGGAACGGAUCAACGCCUAUAUCCAACACCAGGACUUCUGUGCGGGUCCAAGCCCCAUUCCACCAGGGACCAGCACUAUCCCGAGUCCAUUUGUCUUAGCUCCUAAUGCAACUCAUCUCGAGUGGGCCCAGAACAUCAGCUCAAUUCCGGGGGCCUGGCCCCCUACCCACUCUCUGCGGGCCUGGCUGGCAGCCCCUGGAAGGGCCUGCACGGACGCCUGCCUGGACCAUGGAUUAAUCUGCGAGCCUUCAUUCUUCCCUUUCCUCAACAACCAGGAUGCGUUCCUCAAGCUGCAGGUGCCCUGUGACAGCACAGAGUGGGAGAUGCAUCACUUGUACCCUGCCUUUGCCCAACCUGGCCAAGAGUGCUACCUACAGAAAGAGCCGCUGCUCUUCAGCUGUGCUGGUGCCAGCACCAAGUACCAGAGGCUCUGCCCCUGCCGUGACUUCCGUAAGGGCCAGGUGGCCUUGUGCCAGAGCUGCCUGUAAGGCCGGAGCCACCCUGCCCAGAACCUGCCCACCCGCGGUUGGCAAGCACCAGCACUUUCAGAGCUCCGGUCAUGCUCACUGCGUGUCUCCUGGCUGCAGCCUCCCCUGGCCAGGGACGGGAAGAGGAAACUGAGAAGGCAGCAGCUCCAGGCCUGCAACUCCCUCCUAGGGGGCUCCUUGACACGCCAUAGGACCUGAGGCCAAGCACUUGGCUGACCUCCCUGUCCGGGGCCCAGGAGCACGUGGAUGGAGGUCCCAGGCUUUCUGAGAUCUGGACCAGCUGGAGACUUGGCCUUGACCAUGCUUGGGCCCAGCAUAGGCCUUUUGAUCCACAAGGCUGGGAGCAUGGCCAUGUUGCCCACUAUUCACCAGAGGUCUCAAGGGAGAGGGAACAGGUCAUAGCCACACUUGCUGUGAGGGCCACACCCUCACAUGAGGCAACAGAUCACACAGGGCCAGUAUGGCCUCCUCAGUUGUUUGAGGUGGACAAAGGGACAGAGAGCUCAGGGAGGCCAGGAAGGGACUCUGCCCUCCUCCUAGUGCCCCUCCCUGUCGCUCAAGCCUGCUUCCUCCGGCAGACUUCCCUCCGGGCUUCUCCCGACACCCAGUUCUGGCAAGGCCUGCGACUGGUCCAUAGACUCCAUCUCUGCCCCUCCGGUGGCCACCUCCACCCUAGCUUCUGACAGGUCCCAGACCCCACCAAGGCCUCCUCUGCAGACUCAUACAACAUUCCCAACCUUCAAGCAUCUCGCGCCGGCCAGGCUGGGAUGAAGUUUCACCCGCGCUACACUAGGCUGGUUCUGAUACGCAGGUCCGCCAGACCUCCCCUGGCUCCCACCCAUCUGGGCCCCAUACUUGCCCCUCCUUUCUGUUUCCCCCAGCCUCAGGCCACUUCAGUACACUCAGACUUCAGUACCCAUCUCUGUGGCAUGCCCUCCUCCAGUCCAGGGUAACUCUUCCCUCCCCCACCCCCCAGGGCCAGCCAGGUUCCCAGGAACACUGCCAUUGCUCAUAUAUGGCCCGCUCCCAGGCGCCCUGGGACCGGACAGUUGCGGGAAGGGACUGCCCUGCGUGGGACUUGCCGGUGCCCCCUGGCCUGGUCGGCCCCCGUGGCAGCAGAACCAGAGCAGCAAGAGGCCAGUGGCUCCGAGGAUCUGCCUGUCAGGAAAGCAAUAGAGACACUCU